ACAGGAGCUUGGGAAAACGGAAGUCUAUCGCUAACUGCAAGGAGGGAGUGUAUUAAAGUUCACAAGAUGACAAAUAAUCUACAUGUCUAAAUGCAAAAACCAUUUCUUAAUAUAAACAUGUACAGGUUUGCAUGCGUACUCACUUAGGUAUUUAAAAAAUGAAAAUUUUAUUUGGUGCGAGUUAGCAUAUCGCAAAAGUGUAUGUAUUAUACCGGAUUUAAAACAUCACGAAAUGUGGAAACUGAAUCCCGUGGAAGUCGGAGGAGAAUCUUACUACCUUCUACCAGGCAAAGAGUAUGUGGUGGGUCGCAAGAACUGUGAAGUACUUCUGCAGAAUGACCAGUCCAUCAGCCGUGUUCAUGCACAUCUUACUGUGAGCCCCCAGAACAUUAACCAGAAACAGCCGGUCGAGCUCACAGUGAAGGACAGCUCGAAAUAUGGCACUUUUGUGAACGAGGAACGUCUCGCCAAUGCCAUAUCAAAAGUUUUACGUUCUGGAGAUAGACUGACAUUUGGAGUCUUCCAGAGCAAGUUCAGGGUGGAAUAUGAGCCCUUGGUGGUGUGUUCGUCCUGUGUGGACAGCGAGGGGAAGGCAGCCCUGUUGCAAGCCGUUCAGCUGCUGGGGGGUCAGUUGGUGAACAGCUGGACCCAGGACUGCACACACCUGGUCAUGUCCUCCGUGAAGGUCACCAUCAAGACGAUCUGCGCCCUCAUUUGCUGCCGACCAAUAGUGAAGCCGGAGUACUUUUCUGAGCUGGGGAAAGCCCUCCAACAGAAACGUACCCGACCUAAAGUUGAGAGCUUUUACCCUGAAAUCGACGAGCCGACUUUAAAUAAAAAGGAUGUGGACCUCAAUGCCAGGCCUGAACGGAAAAGCCUAUUUCAAGGGAAGACGUUCAUUUUCCUCAGUGCCAAACAGCAAAAGCGCCUGAGUUCAGUGGUGGCUUUUGGAGGGGGGCGGAGCCAGCUGCUGGAGGAGGGGUCUUUGCCCCUGUCCAUCCUGGAAUCAUCCGGAAGCUGCGUAGUCGACAUGGUGACUGGCAGCUCCCAGGCCCUCUCGUCCGCAACCACAAAGUGGAGCGACUCUGUGGCUGCAGUUCUGCGCAGGAAAGGCCUUCGAAUUAUCGCUGAGUCAGAGAUCGGCCUGGCCGCCAUCUACAUCUCCGCAGACAACUACUGCAAUCCGCUGUCAGAGAUGGAAUCAGAAACGGUCAGAAGGAAGCCGUCGAUUCCCAGUGCGACACUGUCUCAGAGUGUGGCAGUGGAUGAAACCGUUCUGCCUGCCAUCUCGCAAAACAUCACAGCCUUUGCCCCCAACACCGAACCCUCAGAGGGUGCCAGCAGGUUCUGUCGGCUGAGCACCAGCGGUCUGAGUGCCGUGGCCGAAACUCCAGAGAAGCAGCGGGAGUGGGACAGGCCGCCCGGCAAAGGAGCCUUGGCAAAGGACCCGCCCCUCACCUCCACCGCGGCGGAGACGAUGAUGUCAGCGCGCGGCGCCAAUGCCGUCGCGACCUCCGAGGUCCAGGGAGAGAAGCCUGCGCUGAUGUCCAGGCCGAAACAUGAUGACCCAACAGCUGUGAAACCGCCCCUUACUAACGGGCACAAGAGCAGGCCCUCAGAGAAGCCGUCCAUCUCCAUCACUGACUACUUCCAGCCCACAAGCAAAAAAAGAACACGGGAGGGGAGUGACCCCGCUGACUAUAGUGAAGCCAAGAACCCCAGGAGGGACGCUGAGGAGAACGUUGCGGAGCAGAGAGACUCCGCUCCCCAGCGCAGUAACCCUUGGAGACAGACUCCGCAGGCCGCCCCAGUGCCUGAACCCUGCCUCACGACCCCUGCACCAAGAGGGCCAAGCAACAGAGGGGGUCAAGGUCGCGACUCGAACCCCUCAAAGGAGUCUCAGCAGGGCCGUUCCUCUGGAGAGGCUGUCCAGAGGCCUCCUUCCAACAAGAGGAAGGAAAUGGCCUCCCCUGACUCAAUGGAGGAGAUGGAGAUGGAGGAUCUGGAGUCUAUCAUGUCUGAGCCUAUGGAGGAGCAGGAAGUUCCUGCCACGCCCAGUAAAAAGCAACGUUUGGAAACCGCUGUCAAAAUCAAGCAGGAAGAGGAGUCUUUUACAGAGGCUUCCAAACCAGAGGAAGGAAUCACACUAAAGCAGCAAAGAGAAGCUGAACAGGAAAAUGUUCCCGGAAAGGAGGAAACUAAGGUGCCCAAAGCAUCACUCAAGGUUGAGAAUGGGGAGGACCUCCCCAAGAACCUUCUACUGAUAGAGUUUAAGUCCCUCAUCGUGAGCAACCCUGUGAGGCCCAGAACCGGAGCCCUGCAGCCUCGGGACGCGAACCAGAAGAACUUCAAAAAGUUCCGUAAGGCACCCGUGCCUGGGGCGCAGGGUCUCCCCAAUAUCAUCGGAGGCUCGGACCUGGUGGCACACAACCGGGCAAAGAACUCUGAACUGGAGGAGUGGCUGAGGGAGGCAGCAGAGGAGGACAAACAGAAUGAGAGGGAGGAAGCACUUGGGGAUGAUCUCUUCAGAUAUAAUCCCAAACCUUCCAAGAGAAGAUGAGAGGAUGAAAGCUUCACUUUAAAACUUCCAAUGAGCGACACUUUGUAAUACAGUCCAAGUUCUGUUUGAAGCAUUGUCCUGAUGAAUUUAUGGGGGGCUCGCUCACACCAUGGAGCCUGCACCGUUAAAUACGUUGUUUUUUGCAGAAUGUAUGUUGCUGAUUUAUGCAGUACAUGGCCAAUUUGUUUUCCCCCUCUUUCUUUAUGGCCCCAUAUAAGUUUGCCUGAUAUGUCACUGAUGGCAAGUAAGGUAGCGCAAUGCGUAUGUGCGUACAAAAAUGAGUAAAUCAAGUAUUUUUAAAAUAUUUUAUUUGUCCAUAAUAAAAAAAAUUCCUGUUUACAAAA